AUUUUCAUUUUUCAAUUUCCUAUGUUUAAGACAUUCAAGUUUAGCUUUCUCUAGUUUUAGUUCUACAUUGAUCAUUUCAACCAAGAAAGCGAAGCAGCGUGCAUCAAUUUUUAAGAACAUAACCUUAAAAGAUUUAUUUAAAAAAUUUGAAGAUGCCUCGUAGUGGGGAAAAAGACACUGAGAAAGAAAAAGGUAAAGGUGAUCAUACUGACACUACAGCCGGCGAUUCCAAUAGAAAUGAUGAUAAAAAAAAGCCACGAAAAUACAACAACCAGUAUGGAAAUAGAAAUCGUAAUAAUAGAUAUUACGGAAAAAAUCGUUAUCAUGGUGGUGGAAAUGAUAGAAAAUAUUUCAAAAAGGCCAGAUUUGAUGUCGGAGAAAGACUUAAAGAAGUUGACCUUGGAAUCACAGAAUAUGUUGGAAAUACUGAAGGAUUUACUGGAACUAUAAAGGAGAGAUUUACUGAUUUUGUGGUUCAUGAAAUAAGUACCAAUGGAGAAAUUGCUAAACUAAGUAAUCAAGAAAUUCCACCAGAUCCAGAAGAUAAUGAGGAUAUAGAAGAUUUAAAAAAAAAAAUACCUGAAGAUGUUUGGGAAAAACUUCAAACUAUUACAGAAGACAAUCCUGGUAUUGAAAUUGAUGUUACUGCUAUGGAUAGGGAUCAGCGAAGAUAUAUUCAUCAAAUUGUAAAAAAAUUGACUACAGUAAUAAGCGAAACGAAAGAAAUUGGCAAUAGAAAGAUUAUUGUAUUUUCUAAGGAAUACACAAAUAAAUUUGGUACAAGAUUUCGAGAUAAUAGAAAGGAUUGGUCAAUCAGAGGAGGAGAUUAUUGUCAUUUCAUUUUACAUAAAGUUAAUAUUGAUACAAUGGAUGCAUUGAAUCAAAUAUCAAGAGUCUUACAUCUUAAAGUCAGUAUUUUCAACUAUGCAGGUACAAAGGAUCGUAGAGCAAAAACUACACAAUGGAUCAGUGUAAAAAAACUUAGUCCAAAAAAUAUUAUGAAUGCUGCAAGAGCAGUACGGGGUGCUUUUGUUGGAAAUUUCAAAUUUGAAAAAGAGCCCUUAAAACUAGGAAAGCUGGAUGGUAACAGAUUUACCAUUGCACUUAGAAAUAUAAGUGCUCCAAAUGAACUUAUAAAAAAGGCCAUGAUUUCACUUUGUGAUAAUGGAUUUAUUAAUUAUUAUGGUUUACAAAGAUUUGGAACUAUAGCUACUAUACCUACAUAUGAAAUUGGCUUAGCACUUUUGCAAGGUAAGUGGGCUGAAGCUAUUGAUUUAAUAUUAAAACCAAGAGAAGGAGAACAAGAUACUAAUUUAGCAGAAGCAAGAGAAAUUUACAGAGAUACCAAGGAUGCACAUCUUGCAUAUCAAAAGAUUGGUCGCAAUGACAAAAUUGAGGCUAAACUUCUAUUUGGAAUUAAUCUUUGUGGACAACAGAAUCUUCAAGGGGCAUUAGAUAUAGUACCAAGGAAUACAAUGUUAAUGUAUGUCCACGCAUAUCAAAGUAUUGUAUGGAAUAAAAUAGUUUCUAGACGCAUUAAGGAAUUUGGACUUAAACCAAUUGUUGGAGAUAUAGUUUACGAAAAUCCUGACUUGAAAGAUGACAUUGAAACAGUAAAUGAUGAUACUCAACAUCCAACUGAUGAGAAUGGAAAGUCUAAUAAUGAUGCCAAUAGCAAAAAGCAAAAAGAUGAAACUAAUUCAAAGAAUGAAAAUUCUGAUAAAGUUAAUGAUGGAAAUCACUAUAAAAAUAUUCAGGAGAAAAAGGAAGACUUGAAAACUGAAGAUGAUAAAAGUAGCGACAAAGAUGACAACGAGCGACAAAUACCGAAAGUAAAAAUUUUAACAGAAGAAGAUUUACCUAACUAUACAAUGGCCGAUGUUGUUAUGCCACAACCUGGAUGGAAAGUCACUUACCCUCCUUAUGCAAAAUCUUGGUUUGAUGAAUAUCUUGGAAAAGAUGGACUUAACACAGAUUUAAAGCAAAAAAACAAAAGGUAUACACUUGGUGGAUCUUAUAGAAAAAUUCUCCAGAUUCCUCAAGAUAUCAGUUGGAAGAUUUUAACUUAUGCAAAUAAAACCGAUGAUUUAAUUGCUUCUGAUGUUGAUGAAAUGAAAGGUAUUGAAGGUCCUAAAGACAAUUCAGAAGGAACGUUUAAAGCGUUAAUUAUUCAAAUGACAUUAAAACCAUCAUCUUAUGCCACGAUGGCUUUGCGUGAAGUAUUGAAGUGCGAUACUUCUUCUCAAACUCAUGCCGCACAGACCGCUGCUUUUCAUGCUGCGCAUGAAAAAAGUGAGGAAACAAAAAAAAAGGAACAAAUCAAGAAUGCUGAGAGAUCUGAAAUGGAUGAUAUUCAUGUUGAAAAUUUGAAACUUAAAGAUCAUAGUAACGAGGAUGCAAGCCACUCAACGGAAGAUGAAGCGAAUGAUAAAAAAACGAAUAUUUCAACUACGAGUAGUUUAUUGGAGGACUCAGUGAUGGAAGAGGAUAUUAAAUAUUCUUUAAAAUCAAGUGGAAAGAUCUCUAAUAGUAUGUUAGAGGAUUCUAUUCUAGAAGGAAAGACUGAAAUAAAUGAGAGUAAUAAGUCUGUUUCUAAAAAGGAUACCCAAAAACACGAGGUCGACGUUAUUAAUGAUUCCGGCAUCGAACCUGGUUCUGUGAUUAAUGCAUAAUUUCUUUUUUAUGUAUUACACUCUUCUAGAUUUUCUUAUUAAUUCGAUUAUAUAUGAGUCUUAAGUUUAUUUCCAAUUUUGUUAUGUGAUUAAAACUGAUAGUUUAAUAAUUAUACGAAGUUAUGUUUGAUAUAUUUGGUUAUAAAAAUGAUUCUUUUUUUAAUACUAAACAUAAGAGAUACUAGUCGUAAGUGUACGAUAAAUAAAUAUGGUUUUUGAAUAAAUGACUAUUUUGAUAAAA